UGACGUAGCGCGCAGUCGCCGGGAGAAGUUUUGAAAAUAAACGUGAUACACUUUUUUUUAUUUUUUUAAAUAUUUUUGAUAAACGUUUCGUAACAGCCGUGUUUCAUUUUGCAACUUUCCGGUUGAAAAUAAAUUGUUUUUCAAUUUCUUCAACGCGAGAAGUGAGAAUAAACACCGUAGAAGAAGAAGAAGCAGAAACAGAAGAAGAAGAAGAAGAAGAAGCAGCUCUUCUUCUUCUUCUUCUGCAGGUGAGCGUGUCACGUUUAAAAACACCGCUAACGAGCUAGCUGGAGUCUGACACGCUGCGUGGUCGCUCCUUAACUUAACUUAACGUAACUUAACUUAACUUAACUGAACUUAACUGAACUUAACGGAGUCCAGGGGGACCACGUGAGCACCGACAUCAAACACGAGUGAAGCGGCGCAAGGCAACCAUGUCGUCCCCAGAAGAAGAAGCGUCCUCUGCCGUGUCGGCUGCUCUGUCCUCUGCGCUGUCGGCGGCCGUGUCGGCUGCCAUGGCGGUUGCCAUGUCGGUGGACUCGAAGGCCGACCUCGCCACGCUCCUCGACGAAUGGGAGGAGACGCAGCAGGGAACCACGGAGCAGCUGGUGUCCAUUCUCACUAAGAUCUCUGAGCUGAUUGAACGUGAAACAGGAGAAUAUCACAAAGCGGAUCCUGAUCCCUUUGAUGACCGUCAUCCAGGACGAGCAGACCCAGACUGCAUGCUGGGACAACUCCUGAAGAUGCUCUUCAUGAAUGACGAAUUCACUAAUGCGCUGAUGGACACGUACAUCAUGACCAGCGGGGAGCUGAGCCUCAACACGGCCGCCUGUCGGCUGCUGCAGAACAUCGUGCCGGGUCUGGAGACCGCCGUCGUCUUCCAGGAGAAGGAAGGUCUGGUGGAGAAGUUGUUCAGCUGGGCCCGCGAGGCGGUGCGACCGCUGAGCGUCUUCGCCACGGGGCUGCUGGCCAGAGCCAUGAGCAACCAGGAAGUGGCGGCCAGCUACAGAGAGGAGAACGCUCAGCUGGUGCCGAUCAUGAUUCAACGCCUGCAUGAGCUGCAGACCGAAGAGGCCAAGACGCCUCAGAAUCUACCUCAGGACUCUCAGGUCGAAGCUGCCCAAACCUCCCGGACAGAGGGGGAGGACAUGGUGGAGGAGGGGGAGAGGAGAGAGAGAGACGGAGAGAGCAGCAGGACAUCGUCAAAAACCAAAGCUUUGUCUCGUUCGGCCCAGAAAAACGGCUCGACGCGACUUCUCCCGGACUUUGUUUACCAGACGAGGCCGGCCUCCUCCAGGGAGACGGAGGAGAGGCAGGAGGGAGACGAAGGGGGAGGAGGGAGGAGACCGGCGGUGACGGAGAACGGGAGGAAGGCCAAGCAGAAACUGGAGGAGGAGAGAAGCUCCUGGUCGGAGAUGAGCUCCAUGGUGAUCGGCUCCGACUACCAGCUGUCCCCUCUGAGCCCGGCCACGGAGCAGAGGCUCAUCCUGCAGUACCUGACGCCGCUCGGAGAUUACCAGGAGCUGCUCGCCGUCUUCAUGCAGCUGGACACCCGCUCACUGCUGAUGAACUACAUCGACCUCAGGCAGACCAAGAAUGUCCAGCUCAUCUUUGACGCCCUCCUGUAUCUGGCCUCGUUGCUCCUCCAUAAGAAGUUUGCAGCAGAGUUCAUCGCUCACGGAGGAGUCCAGAAGCUCCUCAGGAUCCCGAGGCCUUCGAUGGCGGCGACCGGAGUCUCACUCUGCCUGUAUUACCUGGCGUACAAUCAGGACGCUUUGGAGAGGGUGUGCACGCUGCCGGACGGCGUGCUGUCUGACGUGGUGUCCUACGCUCUCUGGCUGCUGGAGUCGUCCCACGCGUCGGGCGUCUGCCACGCCACCAUGUUCUUCUCCAUCGCCUUCUCCUUCAGAGCCGUGCUGCAGCUCUUCGACCAGCAGGACGGCCUGCGACGGCUGGUCAACCUGGUCAGCACUUUGGAGAUCCUGAACACACAGAGCGAGGUGUCCAUAAUGAGCGAUGACCAGGUCUUUGCCAACCGACAGACGGCCAAACACACCUGUAUGGCCCUGCGCAGAUACUUUGAGGCUCAGCUGGCAGUGAAGGCCGAACAGGUGAAACAGUCUCUGCACACGUCGGACGAAGGAACCAUCGUUCCACAGCAGCCGUUUUAUAAGGCGUACACGUACACCAGAGAGCAGGUGAUCGAGAUGAUGGAGUUCCUCAGCGAGUGUGGACCUCCUCAGCUUUACUGGGAACCAGUAGAAGUUUUCUACAAACUGUCCUGCGUCCCUUUAAUGCUGCAGCUCAUAUCGGCCGCCUGUGACUGGAGGACCUACUACGGCAGGAGUGACACGGUGCGUUAUGUCUUGGACAUCCUGGCCAUGCUGGUGGUGGUGCCUAAGGUCCAGUUGGUGCUGGCGGACACUGUGGAGGUUCAGGAUGAAACCAGGUCGUCCGUCUCCACCGUGGGUAUGAGCAUCAUUCUGGGCGUCCUGGAGGGCGAGGUGUUUGUCAAUGACGCCGAGAUCCAGAAGUCUGCACUACAAGUGAUCAAUAACUGUGUGUGCGCUCCGGACCAGAGCCUGAACACUGUGGGUUUUGCUGUGGCCCCCCUCCGGCCGUCGCUGCCCCCAGCAGCCCCCCGCCCCCACAACAGAGUGCUGGCCCACAUGUGGCAACUGGUGCAGAACAACAACGGUAUAAAGGUGCUUCUGUCCCUGCUGUCGGUGAAGAUGCCCAUCACGGAUGCAGACCUGAUCCGAGCUCUGGCCUGUAAGGCUCUGGUCGGACUCUCUCGAAGCUCAGCGAUCAGACAGAUCAUCAGCAAACUGCCGCUCUUCACCAGCAGCCACAUUCAACAGCUGAUGAAGGAACCGGUUCUUCAGGACAAACGGAGCGAGCACGUCCGUUUCUGCCGGUACGCCGCCGAGCUGACGGAGCGGGUGUCGGGGAAGCCCCUCCUCAUGGGCUCCGACGUCUCAUUGGCUCGUCUGCAGAGGGCCAACGUGGUCGCCCAAUCACGCAUCACCUUCUCCGAGAGGGAGCUCUUCAUGCUGAUCAGGAACCACCUGGUGGCCAAAGGCCUCCACGACACGGCCAACACGCUCGUUAAAGAGGCCAAUUUAUCCGUUGGAGCCCUCUGUCCGAACUCCUCCUCCUGUAUCACCCCUCCUCCUCUCCCCUCCUCCUCCACCUCCUCCACCCCAAUGAUUCCCAGGACUUGCCGGUUAGCCGGUGGGAUCGCCGCUCGCGUCGCCAGCCAUGUUGGCUCGUCUCCUCUGUCCUCGGUUGCCUCCUCUUCCUCUCGCUCCCUCGUCAAUCCUCACCCCUCGUGCUCCUCUUCGUCCACAACCCCCCUCCUUCCUCCUCCUCAUCCUCAUCCAGCGUCUCAGGGAUCACAUCCGGUUGGUCGGAUUUUGUUCACUCGUGAACGUCCGGCGGCUCAUUGCAACUCAGGAAAAAAGCUCCGGGCGCUGAAACAGAAGUCUGACCACGGUGCUUUCAUACAGACUCCGGCCAUGAAGAAGCAGCUGGAGCGCCACCUCCCCCUCCCCCCGACCCUCGACAGCAUCAUCACCGAGUACCUGAGGGAGCAGCACGCCCGCUGCCCGAACCCCGUCACCACCUGCCCCCCCUUCUCCCUGUUCACCCCCCACCGCUGCCCCGAGCCCAAGCAGAGGAGGCAGGCCUCGCCCAACUUCACCGCCCGCCUGGGCAGCCGGGUUCUGUACCCGAAGUACGGAGGCGUGGACCGAGGCUGCCUGGACCGACACCUGAUAUUCAGCAGGUUUCGUCCGAUGUCGGUCUUCCACGAGGGCGACGGAGACGAGAGCGGUUUCACCUGCUGUGCCUUUUCGGCCCGCGAGCGUUUCCUGAUGCUGGGAACCUGCUCGGGUCACCUCAAGUUCUACAAUGUCUUCUCCGGAGAGGAGGAGGCCAACUACACCUGCCACUCUUCAGCCAUCACUCACCUCGAACCCUCCAGGGAUGGGAAGCUGCUGCUCACCUCUGCUUCCUGGAGCGUCCCCUUAUCUGCCCUCUGGAGCAUGGACGGUGUCUUCAGCUUGAAGAACUCGUUUGUAAACGACCACUACGUGGAGUUCAGUAAACACUGUCAGGACAGAGUCAUCGGCACCGAGGACCAAGUCGCACACAUCUACGACAUCCAGACGGGUCAGAAGACGGUGACCCUGAACGACGCCGCCCUGGCCAACAACUACAAGAGGAACUGUGCCACCUUCAACCCGACGGACGACCUGGUGCUGAACGACGGCGUGCUGUGGGACGUUCGGGCGUCGCGGGCCAUCCACAAGUUCGACAAGUUCAACAUGAACAUCAGCGGCGUUUUCCACCCGAACGGCCUGGAGGUCAUCGUCAACACGGAGGUCUGGGACCUGAGGACCUUCCACCUCCUGCACACUGUCCCAGCUCUGGACCAGUGCAGACUGGUCUUCAACAGCAACGCCACCAUCAUGUAUGGAGCCAUGCUGCAGGCCGAUGAUGAGGACGACGCCAUGGACCAGCAGAUGAAGAGUCCCUUCGGCUCGUCCUUCAGAACCUUCGAUGCUACGGACUACAAGCCCAUUGCCACCGUGGACGUAAAGAGGAACAUCUUUGACCUUUGCACCGACACCAAAGACUGCUACCUGGCUGUCAUUGAGAACCAGGACACGGUGAGCUUGGACACUGUUUGUCGUCUGUACGAGGUCGGGAGACACAAACUGGCAGAAGAGGGAGACGACGAUGAUCAGGACGAGGAGGACCAGGACGAUGAUGACUCCUCAGACAGUGAUGAUGAUGAUGACGAUGACGAUGAUGAAGAUAUGGACACAGACCCGCUGAUACGGGAACUGGCCAAUAACAGCGACCCGGAAAACGAGGAGGGACCACAUACUCCUACAGACGAGGAGAUUGCAGAUCUUCUGGGCAGUAACAGUGACGGUGACGGUGACGGUGACGACUCCGUGGACUCGGAUCAAACAUUCAGAACUGAUAACAGAUCAGACUCCUCUGACUUCGAAAACUACUUACCACAACAGUCAGAUGAUGAGAGUCGGCUCCUUCAGGACCUCAGUGACGGUUGGUCCUCCUGACCGGAGACAUGAAGCUCUUCUGCCGACAACAAGAACCUCAACUCGGACUUUAUUUGCUCUUUUUAAAAAACAAACAUCAUAUUUUCUCAUUGAAUCAGGCUAGUCGAAUGUGAACUCAUUAAUGUCCUGGAGGACGACAGAAGACCGUCUCACUUUUAGAGACUCUGGACGGUGAUGAUGAAUAAAUAUUUCCCAAAGAUCAUUCAGAUGAAAACACUUUUCACGUCACUGUCUUUCUGCUUCAUUUCAACAGAAUUAUUCAUGAAGGUUUAAUGUUGCUCUUCAUGUUUUUGUCAUCUUUACAUACUACUUUUUUUUUUAGUCACCUCACAGUUGCAUUCACUGACCUACUAAAACAAACAGAAAACACAUGUUCAUAGCUGCCCUGCUGGUUUUCCUGCAGAUGAAUUACUCAGGUUUCAUAUAAAAUAUCACAAAACUUGAACUAAAAUGGCCAAACUUUGUGGAAGUCUGCACUCUUUAAUAGAUUGGUUUUUUUCUCAAAUAAUAAACCUAAAAGUUUUAUAUUCUGAUGCUAAUUAAGUAUUUCAGCAAUAAAAACAGCACAUUUUUGAUCCUCAACUACAGUUCAAACUUUGAGAAAAAUGUAAAUGUUUCAUAAAGACUUUUAUGAUAUGCAGAUAUUAAUAACAUCUUUGUUUCCAUGCACAUAAUAAAAAUACAGACUUCUGUGUUUUUUAAAAGAUUUAAAUCCCAAACAUCCCAAGCAGGUUUCUGCAGAACGGCCGUGUUGUUUUGGUCCCUUUUACCAUCAACACUGAUUAAUUUACCCCAAAACUCAUUAAACAAAACACAUUUAUAGGGUGAUAAUUUAGACGUGGCACUGUCAUAUAAUCCUUUAUAUUUAAGUUGUUUUGGACAGUUUUUCUUUGUUUAAUUUAAUUUAUUUUAGCUCCUCUUUAUAAAGGAAAGCAUAUUUUAGGGGUUAUUAGUUACUGCUUUUAUCUCGUGGAUCCUUCAGGCGGGUCUUUGUUUGGUGAAGCGGCAGCAUUAACAGAUGCAUCGUUCAAUUAUCACUGUGCUUUUUGUUAAAACAUCUAAAGACCUUUAAAGUCUGAGGACAGAAAACCUCUAGAGCUCAGUGAGUCACACUGUGGACGGAAAGAUAUCUUUUUGGUUAUUAGGUUUGUAGCAGCUGAUAUUGUUAAAUGUGAAACAGUGUUUCUCUUUCUCUGUGAGCUUAUCUCAUCACCGAACAGUCGACCUUUGACCCUCAGAGUCAUAAUAACACUUAUUGACUCUUUGAUCCCUCAAAUACGAGACGUGUUGGAGACUUUCAGACCAACUUCACACUAUUUUUAAAACUUUGCAAACAAUAUGAAAAAUAUUUCCCAAAGCUAUUAGCCGGGAUCGUGUCCACGGCUGUUUGGAGUGUUUUGAUUUAUUAAUUUAUUAUUAAUUGUUGUAUGAACUUAAAGGAACAGAUGUGAUGUUCUGAGACGAGCAGCUCUUUGUGAUGAAGGAGCUGAAGCUGUUGUCUGUUCUCCAUUCACAGUCGUCUUACCUCUCAGAGCACAGGUUGGGAAUUGUGUUUGUGUGAACCCGUUUACAAUCUGAAGUCACGCUUGAUGAUUAAAGAACAGUAAUAAUGAAUUUAAAAAGGAAUCACUAUUUCAUGCCACAGCAGCUUUUCAGAGCCUUAGAAUCUACAGUUUUAUAAUAGAUUGUAUUUGUAUAUAAAUCUGUUUAAAUUGUUGUACAUGGUUUGGUUCAGUUGAUGAGUUCUACUUUAAUAAUAAAAGACACUUCUCCC